CUGACUGACGUGUUGAAGGAACUGUUUCUAAACAAACUAGCUAAGCUCGGUUUAGCUUAGCAUUAAAUAAAGUUAUAAUGUGUGGCUCGUCGUAAACUAAAUAAAUAAACAGUUCUACGAUGGAUAUGUUGAAUAAAUUGACAACUCUUUUCCAGCAGGCUCUGGAAACAAGAGAGCCUUCAGUAAAUCUGCUCGACUCUUUCGUCGAUCAUUGGAAAGGAAUCACCAACUACUACAUUGAAACUACAGAUGAGGCACAACCAGUGAAGCAGACAGACAUCCCCUGGAGACUAAAGCAGAUGCUGGACAUCCUGGUGUAUGAGGAGAGACAGCAGGAGGUGGAGGAGACGGGGCCUUGCAUGGAGUACCUGCUCCAACACAAGCUGCUGGAGACACUGUGCACGCUGGGAAAGGCACAGUAUCCUCCUGGAAUGAGCCAGCAGGUCCUGCUGUUUUUCUCCAAACUCCUGGUGCAGAUCCAGAAGCCCAUGCUGCAUGUGAUUAACGUGUAUCGACCUGUACAGAAGCUGAUUCGUCUGUGUGGACUCCCUGACUCGCAAACCGAGAAGGAGGAGUCGCUGUUUCUCUCCUCCGUGUGUUCUUGUGUGAAGAAAGACCCGUACGUCCUGAACUACAUCCUGGAGACUAAUAAAGAAGCCCAGCCUCGGAGAUGUGGCUCCAUGUCAGGGGAAGGUGUAGAAGGAGCCAGUGGAGGUUCCAGUCCAGAGAACUCCGCUUCUCCUCCUGCACAGAGCACAAACCAGCCAGACACAGGUUUUAUCCAGAUCCUUUUACAGCUUGGGAAAAGCCAGAAACGCCGCGUUGCCCUGCGUGCAAUGGAAAGUGUACUGCUCCUCACGAGCACUCCUCACGAGGACAUGGCCAAGCUUCUGGCAGAGCAGACUCCACUUUGUGACCUUCUGGCACAAGGAGUGUGUGAGCUCUACAGCGCCAUCCCCACCACAAUCCAUUCUGAGGACAUACACAGCUACACCAUCAAACAGUGGAGGACUCAGUUAUGUCCAGCCAGCGUGGAGGAAACCCAGUCGUUUCCAGCGCAGGAGCACAUGGACAGGUUCUUCUGCUGGCUCGACUACUGUGACCAGCUCAUUAAAGAUACACCUGAGGUGCUUGCUGUUAAACUUUCCAGAGCUCUUCACCAGCAGUGGCUUACUGGAAUCGUUCAGCCUCAGCUGCUACAGAUGUCAGAGGUCUGUGUUCUAGUCCACACGGCUCUCCUGUCACGCUGCGUGCAUUACACGCAGUCCACCAUCCUGCUGCAUGAGCUGGUGCACUUCCUGCUGGGCAGCGACACGCAGCGGGAGCAGACAUCUGCCACGCCCCCGCAUACACACAUGCUACGCUAUCAUCUCCUCAAACACUGUGACCACAUCUCAGAUGAGAUUAGCAUCACUACAUUACGGCUGUUCGAGGAACUACUGAAGAAACCCGACAAACACAUCCUGACCAACCUGGUACUUCGGAACCUCGAGAGUCGCUCCUAUAGGCUGCCGGGUUCCGGUUGCAGUGAUGAGAGGCCAGGAGUUGAUCCUGAUUUCCUGGAAGACUCGGAAGAGUUGGAGGAAGAUCCUUUCUUCACAGAGAGUGAGUUCAGUGACUCAGAGCAUUUGCUUUCCUUGUCCAGGGAAGAGAGGAAAUCCAGCGCGCACACGCAGAUAGCUGAAACUGUUAACAGUUUCCUCUGUUUAGUUCCACAAGAGGCAAAAACGUCCCAGCAUGUCCAGGGAGCAGGAUAUGACACAUAUGUCCACGAUGCUCUAAAAUCGAUGAAAGAGUGUUCGGCUGUGUGCGCGGACUGGGGUUGGCCGGACGUCCCGAAACCCACCGAAGUCCUCUCCAACAGUGCAGACUUCUACGAAGGGCACUUCCUCAAAGUGCUGUUGGACAGGAUUGCACGCAUACUGGAGCAGCCGUACGAGCUGAACCUACAGGUGACGUCGGUGCUGUCUCAGCUGGCUGUGUUUCCUCACCCUCAUCUUCACGAGUACCUCCUGGACCCCUACAUUAGCCUGAGCCCUGGCACUCGCUCGCUCUUCUCUACACUCGUCCGAGUGAUCGGCGAGCUGAUGCAGAAGAUCCAGCACAUCCCAGACUUCACCCAGAGACUCAUUACAGUCAGAAAACAGCUCAUGGGCCUCGAGGAGGACACUGUAGUGGAACACGGGACCCUGUUGAAGGGCGUGAUCGUACUGGAGGAGUUCUGUAAGGAGCUGGCAGCCAUUGCCUUCGUCAAACUCCCCGUGAGCGAUCAGGAGCAUCUCUCAGCUCCUUGAACAAACACGCAGCUGAAACUUCAGGUGCUUCAACGGUCACGUGUUCGCACAGAGGAAGGCGGGACUGACACUGCAGGGUACGAUGCACCAGCAUGGGUCACUUUUUACGCUCGUGGGUACGGUAAGGGUCGGUCCCGAUGCCUCAUUGCUGGUCACGUGGUUGGAGUUGACUGCUUUUUACCAGCCUUUUGAAGACCAUGAGACAUGUGGUGCCUUUAAAAUAUUCAAGAAUUGACUGAACGAUGAUCAUUAAGACUUUCAUCUUCUAUAUGAGUAGAAAAAUUAUUUAAUGUGAUAAAUGAGUUCUUCCUCAGUCAGUACAUUAACACUAAAAACUGAGGGAAAUGACUCAGGUUAUUUUCACAUCCAUGCAAAUGUGAUGAAGAUACAGUGGCCGGAUUUAGUAUUUAUAUCAUAACGAGACUUAUUUUUAGUUACAUUAUUUUUUAAAUAUAGAUGUUCAACCAAAAUUGUAGUUAUUCUGAUUGAACAAAAUCCACGAAUGCGCGUUUUUUUUCCUAGAAGCUUCGCAGCAUCGUCAAGAUAUUCCUUGCUGCCAAACCAAACGUCCAAGGGGCGGAGCUGGACCUGGAUCUGAUCCAGAUCCAACUCCUCCUACCGUAUAAACCUCACCUUUGGUGUAAUUAGCUGGAAUAGAGCAAUAAUUUAUACUAUUUGUGCAUCCUAAGGACUGCAUUUGAGACUCCUCAUUAAAGAGUGUGGUAGCGAAGAUCACCGUUUUCUGCACAUCAUGAAAUACACUAAAUAAAUGUUUAAUCAGCAGCCCAAAAAUGCUGCCUUAGCAAGGCAGCCUCAUCCCAAAGAGUGCAAAAUGGGUACGGGUAGCGGCGGUAUUGAGUUGAAGUGUUCAUGUUCAAAUUUUGCACGUUGUAUAUUUAAGUUAUUCCCCGAAAUCAAGUCGUACUUGAGCUGGUAGCUGACGAGGCGCGUAGCACCGAGUUGUCUAUAAUCCGUGUACGACGAGAUUGAGUGAAUGGAAUAACUGUUUUAUUCUAUCCACGUUCACUGGAUUUCGAGAAACGGAGCAUUUUUUUAUUUUUUUUUGCAAAUUUGAUCGAGUUUAUACAAAACGUCCGACAAAAUAAUUUCCGCUUAGAAUAUAAACAAACCAGCGAAAUAACAGGCGCAAUUUGUGAAAAAUGCUAAAAUAAUAGUUCUUGAAAUUUUUUUUAAACAUAUAUGUUCUUACUAUCCAAUACUUUUAUUUCAUAUUUUUUUUGGGGGGGGUUUGAUGUUUUCGAGUCGAGUUUAUAUUUCGUCCUCGGUUGGUUCAGCAACACGGUCCGCCAUUUUGUUUUUCUCUACUCACGGUAUAUGAGCUGAUAUCCUAGUCGUAGAAUAGCUAAUCAGAGCGCACGAUUGCUCAUAUCCAGUGAAUGUGGAUAGAAUAGCUAUAUCAUCUAACUGAUUAUUGUUACGUGUCUGGUUAGUUAGCGAGCUACAUUUAAGGUAAGGAGGAAGCAUAACGUAUAAUUUAAUUUUCCAACUUUGACUUUAACAUGAUCCAAGUUGGAUAAUUAAUCCAGGAGUUAAAUGUCAGUAUGGUGAGAUUGAUUUAUUGCGAAUCCUACGGUAAAUAUGUCUCGAGAACAUACAGAACAGAUGAUUUAACCUGGGUUUGGAGGAUCCUAAGCCAUCUCUCACGUCUCUCCGUUCACCUUUCCUACUCCGUUUUGUUCGUCAUACGGUAUAAAGAUGGCAGAAUUAUCGCCUUAAACAUGUACUUAAUGUUUAAAUUGAUCAUCUCGAGUCUCUUUCUGCACUUUAGUCUUAUUAUAUGUUUUGAAACAAGUGUGUAAAAUGAUUUCUGUUAGCUUUAUUAAGUGUGAUACUUGAUGUAUGGACAUUUUUGUUUUAAUUUAUGUGUUUUAACGUUACGCAGCUGAACCAGACACGAAGGGUCUGCUGAUGUUUCCGGUCAUGUUUCGUCAUCCGAUUUCUCUCUUUCACUGUUGUCUUUUUCCAAAGGAGGAGUCACAGUCCUGAUCACUGUGACGUUAAUUAAGAUGAGUCUGUAUUGCUGAAUACAACGGCUCAGACCCAGCAUCGUGAGUGAGUUCUGAGUUCUGACUGGACUUGUAUAUGUGAAACAAUCUGAUCUGUGUAAACAUGGAUGAUAUAAAAAUCUAAAUCAUGA